CAGUGUACGUUUUCAUAGGGGCAAAAAUUUUUUAGCCCAUGUUUUAGGAAAUACGAGCAAAGUCGAGUCUUGUUUCCUGAACACGCUUUAAACUCUGCAGAAUCUCAUUGUUACUCUCUCAGGCUUUAUGUAAACUUUUACUCAGGAAGACAAUGUACAUACUGUUUUCUAGUAUGCAGGUAUGAGGUUUUUCCUAAUAUAUAUAUAAAAAAGAAAAAGCUUUGUCGUGUACAGUGUAAAUUCACGUUUUGUGUAAAACAGUAACGUAUUCUGUUUUCGCUCAUUUUAAAUGAUUUCCUCCUUUUGUUUGGUUAGAUUAUUCAUAUUUUUUUGCGCACUUGAAGAGACCCUUGUUUGACUCUGUGCGUGAGAAAGACAGAGAGAGAGAGCCGUUACAUUUACUUAAAGGCUGUUUGUAGGCGUGCAGACAUGUAAAUACGCCGUCAGUACCUCAUCUUUCCAUCCCCACAACUGUGCCGUCUCAUAAACAGGUUCUUCCAAAACAAAAAGCCCUCUGGACAUAUGGAUUCCUGAUAGAACUGCGCUUCGACGCAGAUCUGACUAAAUAAACCUCAACCAUUUUUGGAUCAGUUCUAACUUUUCAUGGUGGAAUCAUGAACUCCCAAAGGACUAGUUUGUGAUGAGGAUCCUCAUAAAGAAAUUUUUACAGGCGUGAUGGAAGCAUCGCAUUUUGUUGCUGUAGCUCCAACAACGAUCACGAAGACCUCUGAUACAACAUACCUGAGCAGAAUGUUCAAGAAGUACCAAAGUAACCAGGUCAUCGUAGACCACUACAACUUCACCGGAAAGCUGACUGGGAACAGGUACACAGAAGGCAUGAAACCUGUAAACAUUGUGUUCCUUAUUAUCUGUCUGCUAAUUGUGUUGGAGAAUGCAGUGGUUCUUGUAGCUAUUUGGAAGAACAAAAAGUUCCACAUGCCCAUGUACUACCUUCUGGGCAACCUGACUUUUUCAGACUUGUUGGCAGGAUUUACCUACAUGGUGAAUAUCAUAACAUCAGGGGCCAACACGCUCACAAUGACACCUGUCCAAUGGUUCAUUAGAGAAGGUGGUGUUUUCAUCACAUUAGCUGCGUCCAUCAUUAGCCUCUUGGCCAUUGCUAUUGAGCGGCAUGUGACUAUGGUGCGGAUGAAGCCAUACCAAGGGGCCAAGCGUGGGCGCAUGUUUGCUCUGAUUGGCGUAAGUUGGGUGCUCUCGAUCAUUCUGGGUCUGCUACCCAUUAUGGGCUGGAACUGCAUGGGUAUCCUGAACCAGUGCUCGACCGUCCUGCCUCUGUACUCCAGGAGCUUCAUUCUCUUCUGCAUUACAGUCUUUUCUGCUGUAUUACUGGCUAUUGUGGUCCUCUACGUCCGUAUCUUCCGUGUUGUAAAGUCCAACACACAGCGGCUGGCUGGUGCUCCACAGCGUAAAGGUUUUGCAAAGAAGUCCCAGAAGUACAUGGCACUGUUGAAGACAGUCACCAUAGUGCUGGGUGUUUUUAUCGCCUGCUGGCUCCCACUCUUUUUUCUCUUUUUAUUGGAUUUUUUUUUUCAAGCCCAAAGCUGCCCGGUACUCUUAAAGGCAGAGUACUUUCUUGGACUUGCGAUGAUUAACUCAUUGCUUAAUCCAAUAAUCUACACAUUAACCAGUAAAGACAUGUGUAAGGCCAUACUGAGACUGCUCUGCAGCUACUGCUUGAUCACAAAAGAUGGACAGGUGAGGAAGAUUGGAAUAACGUUCCUGGAGUGCAGCACAAGUAAAACAGAGAUGCCAUCACACAGGCUAGAGGGCCUGGAGACGGUCUCCACUGGGAAUUUUACACCAUCUACUAUCAAAGCUAUUUUUCCCAAAAUAUCAAAGAGUGUAGUUUUGGGACAAUAAUGUUAAGGUUGAGUUUUAUUGAGGCCUGGUAUAAUGAAGGGUAUCUUGAGAGAAUGAGCCAGUUGGUCAGAGUGUACUGAAAAGAGCAUCCUUUACUCCCGAACUGAUUACAUAGCUUUAAUAACUGUAUAUCAAGGAAAGCAUUAGAGACAGACAGCCUCAGAACGUAUUACAACUUUCAGUAUGGGCCUAACCAACAUUUGAGAACUUUCUUGUGUUCUAAUUUACUAUGAGAUGAUGAAAGUGACGUUGAGGAUUUUAAAAAAUAACUGUGCUCUCUUUAAAUCCAAUAUGGUGUGAAGCAACAUGCACUUAAGCGCAAACAAAAUGCAAGUAUGACAUAGUGGUAGAUAUUACAGUAACUGUGAUUUUGGGGUUGUCCACCAGUGUCUUUCAUGUCACAUGAUAUUUGUUAAUGUGCUUCAAGUUAAGCACCUACCAUAUGGUCUAAAAGCGAAGAUAUUGUGCUUCGGGAAAUAUUUUGGUUUCUACACCAUGCAGUGUUCACUAAGAUCUGGUGCAUGCAAAAUUAACUUUUCAUAUAUCCUUGGACAGCAAACAAGACAGACUGAAGGUAAUGUAGCUAAUAUCCCCCCCAGCCUUCAGUUUAAUGGGAGUGCACUUUUGGGAAUUAAUGGCAGUUUCAUUAUCAUACCAACAAACAUGGUCAAGCCAUCCAUUUCUACAGUAACUACAAAUGUUACACAGUAAAAACAUUUUUGUAGCAAUUGCAUUGGAAAGAAAAUAAACUUUAUGGGAUGAUGACAUGUUUUGUAGCUGAUUAGAAAGUGAAAAAUCCAGUGUUAAUGUUUAUAUAUAUAUAUAU